AUGCUCUUAAAAAUCACAGUUUUCGAAAAUAGUAUUCUUCUAAAAAGUGCUUUGUUGAAGUUUCAGAUAUGUACAGUCAUGUCAAGAGCGAAAAGUUCAAUAAAGUUAUUGAAUCCUUCUGCUGCUUGGUUUCCGGAAGUAGGUGUGUGUAAGGACAACAAACCGAUAAGAUUAAAGCUGAGAAAAGGCGAGAAGUACUCUUGGUGCUCAUGUGGUUUGUCUGGCAGGCAGCCUUGGUGUGAUGGUAGUCAUCGUUCAGAAGGCCUCACAGCUCUAAAACCUUUGCAUUUUGAAGUCGAAGCAGACGGUGAAUAUAGUUUAUGUGGAUGUAAGGCUACUCAAAAUCGCCCCCUUUGCGACGGCCGUCAUAACAAAGUUCGAAAGACGCGCAACACUGAUCCACCUCAAUUCUGUGCAUAUGACGAAUCAGCAGUGUAUAGUGGCGAGGCUAACAAGCUCGGAUAUAAGCCGAAGCAAGGACGCUGGCACUUUUAA